UUGAGCAGCCUCUAAAAAAAGCUCUGCACUCACAACGACACGCUCAGAGUGAAAGUGUGCAACGCUGUGUGGAGCUCAGCUGCCUGCUUUGAGCCAUGGCAGUGCUUCACUGGAUACUUCUGCUCUUAUCAGUGGCUUCAGUGGCCUCUGUGGCAACACGCAAGUCCCAGCGGACAAGAAGAGGUUUACAGGAGCUGGCUGGAGUCAUCAAGUGCAGCACGGGGAAAAAUGCUUUGAAUUACAUAUUGUACGGAUGCUACUGUGGCCUGGGAGGUGGAGGCUGGCCCAGAGACAAAGCAGACUGGUGUUGCUUCAGACACGAUUGCUGUUAUGGAAAAGCAGAAGAAAUGGGUUGCCAUACCAAAACAGAUCAGUAUCACUGGGAGUGUGACGACGAAUCAGCUGAGUGUGAUGAACUGGAGGACAAAUGCAAAAAGACGCUGUGCAAGUGUGACAGAGAAAUUGCCAAAUGUUUGAGAAAAGUACCUUACAAACUGAAGUAUUCUGUAUGGCCAGAUUUUCUCUGUGGCUCCGACCAACCGAUGUGUAGCAUUAACUGAUGCAAUAAGUGCAUCACUCAGGUUUUUGGUGCCUCUUUUUAAUAUUACAUGUUUACAAUAACAAUGGACCAAUGGUAAUGCCAUUGCUAUGCAGUCAAAGACAAUCAUAUAUUGUGUCUUAAUACUGCUUUGAUUAUGAAUCGUAUUCAGUAUAUAACAAGGUGUUGUAGGAGUAGAACAGUGGUACACAUGAUGUUUUCAAAGGGAUUUUAUCUGCUGGAUUUUCGCAUAAUCAAAAGGCCAUCUGAGCAUUUCUCUAAAACUCAUCUAUACUCUACCACAGUGGUUCUCAACACGUCUCGGAACCCACCACCAACUCCUCGGUUAAAAAUCGUGACCCAAAUUUUGGAUAAUUCUCGACCAAUCAGAUUUAUUUACUGAGAGGUUGUGCGGUUUGGACCUCAGUCGGUACAAAACAUGUGACAGAAGCAAGAAACUGAACAAAACAAACAUGUUUAAAAAGUGCUUCACAGACAAGUUUUUUUCCCAGGCACACACUCGCGACCCACUUUUAAAUGGCUCCGCGACCCACCUCUGGGUCCCCACCCACCAGCUGAGAACCGCAGCUCUACCAGAAGGUUGAGUGUUUUUUCGGUGAAGGAAAAAUCAGAUAGGGGCUCCUCACAGCAGAACUUUGAUUCGUUUAAACACUCAGCAGGGGAUUACCUGCCAUUAAAAAAACACUGUAGUUGAUUUUGGAAUGUGUUGUGACUAAACGCUUCAUUCAUAAGGUUAGAAAAAUAUUUGGAAAUGUAUUGAGUAAGUAUAGACUGAGGUUACUCUGUUUUUUUCUAUUUUUAAGCUGCUGUCACACAUCUGCCUUUCACUUUUUUGCUGCCUGAUUCAAACCUUUUUUAGGGCUGAAAUCUUUUUGUAAAACUCACACAUGUACAUUUUCCUUUUAAUGGUUUUGAUUGAUUCACACCAUGGUGACCGAUGACCGUGUUUAAACCAACUUCUCCAAAAGGGCUUAGGAAAACAUUGAAGUCAUUUAGUAUUCCAGUUUGCUCUUCCCUCACAGAACAAAAACAAGACAAACAUUUUGCACAGGAACUCCUACAGAAUAAUGUGAUCAGACCAGUUGAACUUCACUUGGUCUGACACUCUAGAGAGUUCUAAUUUCCUGCCUGUGCCGUCCUUCCUAACAGUGACUUUAAAGUGCACUCAUACAUUAAUGUCUCAGGCAUUUAUUGUUGCAGGAUCAAACAAUUAGA